UUGCAAAUUUUUAGCUAAAACGUCUUUUCAGCCCCUUCGCGAGGGUUGAAACAAAAAAUUCUUUGUCUAAACAUUUUUUAAUACUCUUUCCUAACUUAUAUCAACAAUGCAAGCUGUUCCACAACAUUUCGAUUUAAAGGUUUAUCUGACUGCAAGCGCGCGCCCAUGCACUAACCUUCGCCCAUAAAAUUUCCUCACACUGCAUAUUACAUAACCCUACUUUUUUAACCUCACUUUUUGUGGUUGAAAAAAUGGGCAAAUCGUGGGCCGAACUGGGCGUGAAACUCCACAAAGAAGUACAAAAUGCUGUUAAAACUCUCAAUUUCCCCACAAUGACCCCAAUUCAAGCGGCCGCAAUUCCCCAAUUAUUAAACAAAAAGGAUGUAGUGGCUGAAGCUGUGACAGGAUCGGGGAAAACCCUAGCCUUCCUCAUCCCUCUACUCCAAAUACUCAAACAACGCGACAAAUGGAAAAAAGCCGAAAUUGGGGCCGUAAUUAUCUCACCGACACGUGAAUUAGCCACUCAGAUUAAGCAAGUUUUGAACCAAUUGCUUGAAUCGAUAUCGGGGAUAACUUCGCUACUGUUAGUUGGGGGCAAUUCAGUCGACGAGGAUUUAAACAACUUAAAAUGCAACGGUGGCAAUAUCAUUAUUUGUACCCCUGGUCGUUUUGAAGACUUACUUUCGCGCAAAAGUGAUUUUAAUUUAACCCUGGCCUUAAAAAAUCUGGAAAUAUUAAUACUGGAUGAAGCUGACCGGCUUCUCGACUACGGUUUUCGCAAGUCUCUGGACGUGAUCCUGAGUUAUUUACCGAAACAGAGACGUACCGGUCUUUUCUCAGCCACUCAGACCAAACAAUUGCAAGAUUUGAUCAGGGCCGGGCUCCGAAAUCCCGUUCUGGUGAGCGUCAGUGUCAAGGCCGAACACAGCACGCCCGAAAAAUUAGAAAAUUAUUACGUGGUUGCGAAUAAUAAUAAUAAAUUAGCCGCACUUUUCGCAUUUUUGCAAAGUCGGGACGUGCAAAAGGCGAUGCUGUUUUUGCCGACUUGUGCCGUCGUUGAUUUUUGGUCGGAAACGUUUCCGUGUGUUUUCAACGAUUUGCCCGUUUUGGCAAUUCAUGGGAAAAUGAAAGAAAAGCGCAAAAAAAUCAUAGAGAGGUUUAAAAAUUCACCCAAGGGAUUAUUGCUCUGUACCGAUGUUUUAGCACGAGGAAUUGACAUUCCGGAGGUUGAUUGGGUCCUUCAGUGGGAUCCCCCGGCCAGUGCUAGUGCUUUCGUGCAUCGAGUUGGCCGGACUGCACGUCAAGGACGUCAAGGUUCGUCGUUACUUUUCCUCCUAGAUACGGAAGAAUCCUACGUUCCGUUUAUCGAAAAAAAUCAAAGAGUUAAACUAGACCCACUUUCCGAUGUUUCGGACACAAAAACGUGUGAAAAUUUGCGAAACAUUUUACAAAAUUUGCAAAAAACGGACCGCGAUUUAAUGGAAAAAGCCAAACGGGCGUUCGUUUCGCACGUCAGAGCCUACUCGAAACACGAAUGUUCGUUGUUAUUACGAAUCAAAGAGUUUCCUUUCGGCCAAGUGGCCACAAGUUACGGUUUACUCCAAUUACCGAAAAUGCCCGAACUGAAAAAAUACGAUUCGGUCGGAUUCGAACCACUGGAAAUCGACCUCAACACAAUCCCCUACAAAGACAAACAACGGGAAAAAGCAAGGCUUCAAAAACUUGAGAUUUAUCAAAACACUGGUUCCUGGCCGGGGAAACCCAAAAUUGUGAAAAAACCAAGCGAGCCGUGGUCGUUAACCAAACAAAAGAAAAACGAAAAGAAGGAGAAACGACUGAAACGAAAACGAGCGAAAGAAAAAAAGAGGAAAAGUGGGCUAAGUGAAGAGGAUUUGGCCGAAUUGGCACAAGAUGUCGCCCUGAUAAAAAAAUGCAAGAAGAGGAAAAUCUCGGAAAAUGAGCUUGAUAAGAGUUUCGGACUGGCGUAGAACGAGGUUAUGUAACGUGAUAAAAAUAAAGCUAUUUUGGUGGU